AUGCCUUUGAACACCCUCACAAAACUUCCCAGACUCGCUCUGGCGGUCAGCGGAGGGUCCGACUCUAUGGCACUGGCCUACAUGAUAUCACAAACACCCGGUUUGAGCGAGAAAACCACAGCAUACACCGUGGAUCACGGGGUACGGAGUGAAUCGUCUUCGGAGGCCCAAAACGUUCACGAAAUCGUCUCUAGACUAGGUAUAAACCAUCGGAUUCUCAAAUUGGACGCUUUGAACGACACAAAAGAACUUUCAAUGCGACAGGCGCGUUAUUCGAAACUCAUUGCGGCCAUGAAUGAUGACGGAGUUUCUACAGUCGUCACGGCACAUACCCAAGACGAUUGUAUAGAGACAUUCGUGGUACGUAUGCUUAGAGGAAGUGGAUUAUUUGGACUUGCAGGAAUCCAGCCACGAGUCUCGUUUAAUCCUUAUACCUGGGGAGGAGGUGGUAUUGCGCUGAAACAGCAUUCAAGGACGGAAUUGGCGUCUGGAUGGAAGCUAAUGAGACCGUUACUGGGUCUAACAAAGUCCCAUUUACGAAAUGUGCUUGUUAAGAACAACAUCCCCUGGUUCGAAGACCCUACCAACCAAAACGUGGAGAUUGCAGAACGAAACCUGGUGAGAAAGAUGUAUUACGAGUACCCGGAACUGAUUCCGGAGGAGUUCCAGGCAUCCAAUGUAUUGAGACUGCUGGAGAAGCUCAAUGGGUAUCGGAUAAAGUGCGAAACGGAGGCUUCCGAGGUAUCUUCCAGAUUGCUAGCUGCUUCUCAAUCGCCAGAUGGAACUAUUACUCUCUCUGAGGAACAAGUGAAAGGGGUUCUGACCAAACUGCCACAUGAUACGCUUCAACUAGUAUUGAGAAACAUUCUUUCUCCGCUAUCUCCGUUGCCAGAUCUGUCUCUAAGGCUGCACAGACUGCGAGGCUUGACUGGACGGUUUGAAGCAGGCAACAAGUUCAACCUUGCCGGAGUCGACUUCUCCCUCAGAAACGACAAAUGGCAGCUGUCGCGCGAGGUGCCUCGACGACCUUCCGAUCACGUGGUCCAGCUAACUCCCGGUCGUGUGAGUCUCUGGGAUAACCGGUUCUUUGUUGUUUCCGACCUCCCAAAGGCCACGGUCCAGUUUAUCGACUGGGACAGUCAUCGAGAGCUGUUCAAGAGCAAGGAGGAGCUGAACAAGGCGCGAGAUCAGGCGAGAAAGAGAAACCCCAUCCUGGUUUACGAGGGUGGAUAUUCUUUUCCUGCUUUACAACGAGGUGUUUUGAAUACAAUGCCCAAGUGA